UCCUUAUGCUCUCAAUUUUUUAAACUUAACACUUUAUCUUCAUCUCGCUCUGGUAAUCUCAUUCUUACUUUAUUGUAUUUUAAACAAUCUGGCUUAUGUUUCUCAAGUGAAUGUGCAAAUCUAAAAUGAUGAAAACAUCGAUCGCAAAACCAUAAUUACGAUUUAGAUUUUGUAAGUUGACUUUUUACUAAUCUAGAGAAAUUUUUAAUCAAAGCAAAAUGAUGUAUAGGUUGAUAGCUUUCAGGAUUUCCAUCAUCAUCAUGCAAAGUAAUCUUUGUCUUAACCAUUAAUAAGUGAAUAGUUUCUUUAUCAGAACUAAUUACACUUGAAUAUAAAGGAACUAUGAUAGUAUCAUUUAAAUCAUCAUCUUUAUUUUUAAUAGUAUCUGAUUCUAUACCAUAAACGUUAAUGCUUAAAUUAUUCAGUUUUUUAAAUUUCGAGAUAUCUUUAAGAGAAAUUGGAAAUCUAAUACCUUGUUGGUUAAAAACUGUAUCUACGUGAUGAUAUGACGACACUCUUUCAGGAUUCUUACUUUUUGAUGGAAACAAUGCGGCUUUGAUGCACCAAAGGAAACAGUAGAUGUCAUUAUUCUUGAUGUUCAGGACACCCUUCUUGUAUUUUAUAUCUUGAGGUAACCCCGUAUAUGUUGAAAAGCCAACUUGCAGUGGAGCGUAUUGUGAAAUAUUAAUAUUCAAAUUUAUUAUUUCUCUUAAACUACACUCUGAAUCUUUCUGAUUGAAUUCAUUCACUUUUUUUAAAUAAUGAAUCGUAAACACUAUCGUUGAAUAAAUCAGCAAGCGAAGUUACAAUGAAAAUUUUAUCACUUUUAGUUUUGAAAGAUUUAGUAUCCUUUAUAGUGACGUCACUUUUAACAUUUUCAAAAUUGCAUAUCAGGGUGGUGCUGACUUUGAUGUUCCCCUCACGAUUCAGAACAUUACUAAUUUUUUCAAUCACUAACUUUUUUGCAUCGUUUAAAAAUGCUCUCAAAUCAAUAUGACCCCAGUUAACAAUGUAAUAGGUCUUGAUUCUAUUUUCGAACGCACUUUUUAAGUCCCACCAUUGAAUUAAAUUAUUUGUAUUGAGACCACCACCAAUUACAGACCUGUUAAAUUGCGAAAAUUUAUCACUAUACCAGCACAAAAAGGGGAUGUUACUUUGCAAGUGUUUUUUUUUUCAUGAUCACUGCUUUUACGACCUAACAAUGAUUUGUUGAAGUGUUUGCAAUUGUCAUCACAAAUUUGUAUCCACGUGAGAAACUUUUCUUCACUCACAGUAUCAAGCUGUGAUAAUAGCUCAUAAACUUGAGCCAUUGUUUUAAUACCACCGUGAAACUAGCAUAUAGACAUUCUGAUUAUUAUUGCAGUUGAAAAAAAAAUUUAUAUAUAUAAGUAAUUGUAGCUUACACAGUCAAAGAAACGUAUUCCAAUUUGAUCAUCAACUGAUAUCUUGAACAAAAAAAGCUCUUCAAUAUAUACAUAGACGAUGAUAAACAACUGACCAAUUGGAAAUUUCGGAGUUAUCAAUAUUUAUGAUAUUUCGAGGAAGACACUUUCUCUUUGAACAUGGUGCAAUAUGACGCAUGUUCAAAAAAUUUUAAUGUACAAUUUUUAAGAUAUAUAUAUGUAUAAAACGUGAAUCACCUCAUGAUGACAAUAAUAUUUAUUUGUGUUAAAAUGAAAAACAUUUACUACCGUUGAUAAAAAAGCUUGUGAAUUACAUUUGAUAAAAUUGCUAUUAUGAUAGUUUAACUAAUGAGAGGGACUAAAAGUCACAUAAUACCCUUGUACUUAUGGAGCUUAUUUUAUUUUUCUAUAUUCCAUCAUGAAAAAAUUUUUAGUAUUCAUAUAUGAGUAAAAAAAUAGAUAACUUCAUGAAUAUUUAUGGGCAUGUAACGAUUUUUUUAAACGAUUUUUCAUUAUGACAUUCGAAAAUCAUUUUUAAUGUCUCUCUUAACUGAUUCAAGGUAACUAAAAAUUUCUAUUGCACGCUCUUAAGUACGUGGGUCCAUUUUCAUAUCUUCAGUAUCAUAUGAGAACAAUAGGCUUAACGGAAAGGACUUAUCUAACAUACGGUGGUAAGGGCAUAUAAUGACUAUUAUUAUUUUCAUCAAGAAAAUAUUAAUCUAAUGAUGAGAUUAAAUGAUACUAUGAGGGUGGAAAUAGUUAUAAGAUUUUCUUCAUUUUCUUUUACUAAACAUCACAGCUAUUGAUAAUUAAAAAUAAUCAUGAGUUGGACAAAUUUUAGUUAAAUAGUAGGGGCUGUUUACCAAGGAUAUAAAAAAAUGCACAUUGAAAUUUUGAAUUAGUGUUUUUUCAAACUAUCUAAAAAGUGUACACUUCAGUAGAUUGCAAUCGUUGAAUAUUUCUUACAAAGAAAAUGUUAUUCUAAAGAAAAAAAUGGGGAACAUAAUUAAUAAAUGUUACGUGCCAAACAUUUGGGCAGAAAGCUACUCAUACUUUGAGAUGUUCGAAGACUUGAGUAGGCAGGUGAAAAUGUGCGCUCCAUCAUCAUCAUCACCGUCAUCAUUUAAGAACGAAGAUAUGAUGGAUCAUAUUUUCACCAUAUUUGGACGUCACCCAACGACAUUGGGAAUGACUGAUGACGGGGUUUGGAUAUUCCAACUUCCGGGUGCUAAAACCUCAGAUGAACCCUCACAGCAAUUAUACAGGCUGAUUCAUGAGAAAGCAGUGAGAUUUCUUAGACAUCAGGCUAUACGGCAUUUAUCAUUGCCCGCACCACCGCAGAACUUAUCAAAAACUUUAAGUGAUGAUGAUGAUUUGUUCCCUAUGGGUGAACCUCUAGCGUACUUGACACUCAUACUAUCAUCAUCAUCAUCAUUAUCAUCAUCAUCAGCAGCAGCAGAAGCAGCAUCAGCAUCAUCUCAAUCAUCUGGCUACCCUGAGUCUUUCAGACUGUCAGCUGUAAAUGUUUCCAUAAGUGAAUCGGAGCAGUUGCAGCAAAAUGCUCAGAGUAUAAAUGAGCUGCUGCAUAUUAGAGAGCAGCAGUACCAAGAGAUACUGCAACUCCAGCAGCAGCAGUUUGAGCAGGCCUGUAUAAUUCAGAACCAAGAUCUGAAGGUAUGGCUGUGAAAACGUCGUUUUGCACAGUUGCAAAACAAAUUCAACAUGUUGCUGAAGUAACAACAACAACAGUUGUAAUGGCUUCAUCACCAGCAGCAGCAACAACAGCUAAAGCAGAUGCAACAGCAGCAGCAAUGGCAACAGCAGUGGCAGCUGCAGGAGCAAGAUCAGGAGCAUGAGCUCGAGCAGUGGAAAAAUCCACAUAU